UGAUCACCGAGGCUUUGUCAUCACCAACGUCUCAUAAACUACUAAAGGAAGAGUCAAAUCACAUUAAAGUUCACAUCAGCAAACAAUAACUACAACAAUGAAACAAUGUCUUUCUUUUCUUUGCUUCCUGGGAUGUCUUCUACAAGCCCUGGCUCCAUACACUGUCCCAGCAUCACAGUUUCAGCUGGAAGGAGAUUAUAUAAUCGGUGGACUUUUUGAUAUUCAUCAAGUCAGUGAAACUGUUUUUCAUGACAGGCCAGAAGCCAUCGAGUGCUCCAGUCAAUCCUUCAUGCUGUCAAAUUAUCGGAGGUUUCAGUUGAUGAGAUUCUCUGUAGAGGAAAUCAAUAACUCUACCAAUCUACUGCCAAAUGUGUCUCUUGGCUAUGAAAUUUUUGACCACUGCUCAGAUACACGGGGUUUUCCUGGAAUUUUAAACCUCAUCUCAGUCAAUCAUUUGAUCCAGCCUUGGAGUGAACCAGACAAAAAACUGUCCAAAGUGAAAGCAGUAGUCGGUCCUUUUACAACUACUAGCACCCUGACUGUAGCUCCAUUAUUCAUGGUGGAUCUCAUUCCGAUGGUCAGUUAUGGGGCUUCUAGCUCUGUCUUUUCAAAAAAAACAACAUUCCCCUCUUUCCUACGAACAGUAAACCCGAAUAAAAACAGCGUAGAAGUGAUUGUUAAGAUCUUGCAGCACUUCAACUGGCGCUGGGUCGCUUUCCUUAACAGUGAUAAUGAUUUUGGCACUGACGGACAGGAAUUGUUCAUAAAGAGGAUUAAGGAUACUGACAUCUGCCUGGCAUAUACCAAAGGUCUUGAUGAUGAUACAAAUUACCCUCAAAUGUUCAAACAGAUCGAGGCACAGAGGAUAAGUAUCAUUAUUGUUUUUGCUGCUGAAAAGAUUGUUGAAGCUCUCAUUGACUCAGCAAUGCAACUGCAUAUCACAAACAAAGUGUGGAUAGCAGGAGAAUCAUGGUCCUUAAACAAGAGGCUUCCCAAGGAGAAAGGAAUAAAAAAUAUUGGAACCGUACUUGGGGUGUCUCAACCCGGAGUGACAAUACCUGGUUACAGUGAUUUCAUUUAUUCUACCGAAAGCCAGAGUCAUGAUGAAAAUGCAGAACAACAGAAGUUUUGUGACCAGAUUUGCAACUGCAGUAACCUGAGUGCAGAAGAUGUCAUUGCUGCAGACCCAACUUACGCAUUUCCAGUUUAUUCUGCUGUGUAUGCUAUCGCACAUGCCUUACACAAUGCCUUAAAAUGUGGAACUGGCAGCUGUAACAGCAACAUUACAGUGUACCCACAUGUGGUUCUAGCAGAGCUGAAGAAGUCCAACUUUACACUUUUAAACCAGAGUAUUCAGUUUGAUGAAAAUGGUGACCCCAAGUUUGGAUCCUAUUCUAUAGUUUUCUGGAACCACAGUGGUGAUGCAGAGGACAUUGGCUUUUAUCAUUUUCAUCCAUCAAUCAGUUUCUUCAUCAACAACAGCAAAAUUAAGUGGCAUAUGAAAGGAGAUGUGCCUACUUCAGUGUGUUCCCCAGAGUGUCCUGUAGGACAUGCAAAAAAGCAAAAUGGAAUCCACAAAUGCUGCUUCAAUUGCGAAAUCUGUCCAAAUGGAACGUAUGUCAACAGCACAGAAGAUCCCUACAAGUGCAUCAACUGUAAGGAAACAGAGUGGUCUGCAGUAGGAAGUACAUCAUGUAAACUACGGGUGGUGGAGUACAUCCCAUUCACAGACAGCGGAGCUAUACUGAUCAUGGUUGGGGCCUGGGCUUUGGUGGGACUCACACUAAUCACGUCUGUUCUCUUUGCCAUCAACUACAACACACCUGUUGUCAGAUCUGCUGGGGGACCAAUGUGCUUCCUAAUUUUAGGCUGCCUCAGUCUGAGUAGUCUGAGUGUGUUCUUUUACUUUGACAAGCCAACAGUUUCCUUUUGUAUCUUAAGGUUCUUGCCAUUUGUUUUGUUCUACACCGUGUGUGUCACAUGUUUUGUUGUUCGCUCUUUUCAAAUUGUUUGCAUUUUCAAAAUAGCUGCCAAGUUCCCCGGGCUCCACAGUUGGUGGUUGAAAUAUCACGGCCAGUGGCUGGUCAUCACUGUUGCAUUUGUUACUCAGGCACUUUUACUUGUUAUUGGUUAUUCUUAUGACCCUCCCAAGCCCUACAACGGAACAGUUUGGUACCCAGACAAAAUCAUACUUGGUUGUGACAUUAAUCUUAAAGCAACCUCUACUUCUGUGGUUUUUCUUGUGUCUUUGUGUACCCUUUGCUUCAUUUUCUCCUACAUGGGAAAAGACCUCCCAAAAAAUUACAAUGAGGCCAAAACAAUCACCUUCUGUCUGCUCCUGCUGAUCCUCACCUGGAUCAUGUUUGCCACUGUAUAUGCACUUUACCAUGGAAAGCACAUCCAAACUCUUAACGCCCUGGCAAUACUCUGCAGUCUCUACUCCUUUCUGUUGUGGUAUUUCCUCCCAAAAUGUUACAUCAUCAUUUUUCAACCCCACAAAAACACAAAGCAGUACUUCCAAGGUCUCAUUCAGAAUUAUACCAAAACAAUUGGCCAGUAGCUGCCACCAGUAGAUAUUUGUCUCUACAGAGAGAAUGGUGCGGUGCCUUGGAACUCUUGAAAAUUUUCAGUACACUGCUAAUUGUUUUUGUUUUGUUUUUUAAAUAAAUAGUCCUGAACAUUUAUCUUGUUGACUUACAAAGAAUGUGUUGACAAUGACAAAAUCUUUAACUUAGCCACAAACAACUGAAAAAAAGAAUUGUAAAAAAAAUAAAUAAAUAAAAUUACUGUUUCAGAGAUAGUUGGUAGGUCCUUAUGAUUAAUCCAGUAGCCUUUUCAAUAGCCUGUAUAUUGCUGAAAUCUGUACUCAGUAAGUGACAUUAAUCAAGAAGAGACAUUAAUCAAGAUGAAAUAAGUCAUAUUUGAUGAUACUGCCUAACUGUUUGGGUAUCAUUACAAAGUAGACAGGCUGUAUUAUAGAUAUAGUUAUGUUGCUAUAGGAGGAAUAUGAACUCUAAUGGUUUCCCUCCACAUUGUUUAGACAGUUUUAACAAACUAAAUGAAGAUGAAACAACCAUUUUAUGUCUCCUCAUGCUAUACCUUUCACUGACGUCAAUGCUAAAAU